AUGGCUUCAUCUUCAACUUCUUCUUCUUCUCCAUCUCCUUUUACGUCUGUUUUUCCUUCUAUUCCUAAUGUUUCUCUCCACUCGUUAUCUACAAGCUCUACCUCCCAUGUUCCUCCUCACUCUUCUCUUUUGGGGCAUGCCUUAGCUUCGUCUACAACCAGUCAACAGGUUCCCCCGGGUGGUUCGUUCCCGGAGGGGUCCCGUUCUGAGGUCCCUCGUUCAGAAGCGGAGAGUUCGGCAAACAGACAGUUAGGCAUUUCAGACCUGGUGGGCGUAUCCCACUCUCUUAACACAGCUGUCAGUGCGAACUUGGUGGGCGGGGCCUCGUACUGUCCGAGUUCUUCGGCAGGGGUUCCGAUAGGUAUACCAGGUAUGUCCUCUCCCUUUUUCUCCUAUCCUUCGAUGUCUUUCCCAAACUUUUCUCAGGGUGCGGGGGUUUCCUUUUCUAAGGGUUAUGGUGUUGGUGCUUGUUUGGUGGGGGUUACGGGAACGGAGAUUCCUUCUUCUAAUUCUUAUGUAAACGCUACGGCAGGUGAUUCUUCUGGUAUUAAGACUGCUGCGGUGGUUCCCCGUCCAAAUAGGACGUUGGGUGGCAUGAUUGGUACUGGUAUUGCGGCUACUCCGGUGUUAGGUACUGGUAUGGUUCGCUCAGGUACAAGCGAUCUCGCUCUGGGAGCAAGUUCUUCCGCGUUAGUGGGAUCCCCUGUGGUUAGAAACUUGGGUAAUGUUGUAGGUGUUGCGGCGUCGGAGUUCUCAGGUGUUGGCUCAGGGUAUUUGGGGAGGUUAAACUCAGGUGUUUCAACUUCAGUUCCUUUGCAAUCCAGUUUGGGUAGAUCGGCGGCGCCUUAUGCACCAAUUUCGUCUUCAGGUCUUCAGGAUAAGACGAUUCAUGCGGAUUUUUCACACCAGGGGGGGUCGACCUCAGGGAGGCUUGCUUCGGGCUCGGAACAACUCCAGUGCAACAACUCCACGAGCUGCGUCGUCUCUCUUAGGAGAAAGGGUUCUGGCACAACUGGCUACGGUUAG